GCCACCAUGGGCACGCCGCUGCCCGGCCGCGCGGGCGGCCCCGCCACGCCGCUGUCGCCCACGCGCUUGUCGCGGCUGCAGGAGAAGGAGGAGCUGCGCGAGCUCAAUGACCGCCUGGCGCACUACAUCGACCGCGUCCGCGCGCUCGAGCUCGAGAACGACCGGCUCCUGCUCAAGAUCUCCGAGCGGGAGGAGGUGACCACGCGCGAGGUGAGCGGCAUCAAGACGCUGUACGAGUCGGAGCUGGCCGACGCCCGGAGGGUGCUGGACGAGACGGCCCGCGAGCGCGCCCGGCUGCAGAUCGAGCUGGGGAAGCUGGAGGCCGAGCUGGAGGAGGCGAACAAAGGCUCCAAGAAGAGGGAGGGCGAACUCACGGUGGCCCAGGGCCGCGUCAAGGACCUGGAGUCCCUGUUCCACCGGAGCGAGGCCGAGCUGGCCGCCGCCCUCAGCGACAAGCGGGGCCUCGAGAGCGACGUGGCGGAGCUGCGGGCCCAGCUGGCUAAGGCGGAGGACGGUCACGCGGUGGCCAAGAAGCAGCUGGAGAAGGAGACGCUGAUGCGCGUGGACCUGGAGAACCGCUGCCAGAGCCUGCAGGAGGAGCUCGACUUCCGGAAGAACGUCUUCGAGGAGGAGGUGCGGGAGACGCGGCGGCGGCACGAGCGCCGCCUGGUGGAGGUGGACAGCAGCCGGCAGCAGGAGUACGACUUCAAGAUGGCCCAGGCGCUGGAGGAGCUGCGCAGCCAGCACGACGAGCAAGUGCGGCUGUACAAGCUGGAGCUGGAGCAGACCUACCAGGCCAAGGUGCCCGGGGCGGCGGCCGGGCUGAAGCUGACCCCCAGCCCGUCGUCGCGGAUCACUGUGUCGCGGGCCACGUCGAGCAGCAGCGGCAGCAGCGUGGCUGUGGCCGGGCGCCCGGGCCGCAGCAAGCGGAGGCGGCUGGAGGUGGAGGAGUCGCCCGCCUCGAGCGGCGUCGGCUCGGGAGGCGGCGGCAGCAGCGGCGGUUUCCACCUGGCGCAGCAGGCGUCGGCCACGGGCGGCAUCGCCAUCGAGGAGGUCGACCUGGAGGGCAGGUUUGUGCAGCUGAAGAACAGCUCGGACAAGGAUCAGUCUCUGGGUAACUGGAGGAUCAAGAGGCAGGUCUUGGAGGGGGAGGAGAUCGCCUACAAGUUUACGCCCAAGUACGUGCUGCGCGCCGGCCAGACCGUCACGGUGUGGGCAGCUGGGGCAGGGGUGGCCCACAGCCCCCCCUCGACACUCGUGUGGAAGAGCCAGAGCAGCUGGAGCACGGGCGAGAGCUUCCGGACGGUCCUGGUCAACGCCGACGGGGAGGAGGUGGCCAUGAGAACCGUGAAGCAGUCGGCAGCGGCGCGGGAGGCGGAGAACGGGGAGGAGGGCGAGGAGGAGGGGGCCGAGUUCGGCGAGGAGGACCUUUUCCAUCAGCAGGGGGACCCGAGGACCACCUCGCGAGGCUGCCGCGUCAUGUGAACGGACCUCGCCUCCUCACGUCUUUACCCAGAGCCACUGAAAACUAUUUUUAUAUAAUUGGCCGUCUUUAGUCCUUGAUACCUUUCUAGAGAAUUUUUGAGCAAACUGCCAGCACGUGGGGGCGGGGCGCUGCGAUCUUGCUGUCGGUGGCUUCCUCGGACCCUCCCUUCAUCACCGCUGUCUGGACAUG